AUGUUCAAAAGCGGUGUCCGAUUCAUAUCAACCAGUUCUGUGGCGCUGAAAGGGCCGAGGAACUAUGUGAACAGAAAAACAGGACGAGGAUGUGGUAAUGCUGUCCUGUCGAAAUUCGAGUGGAGAUAUGAUAAGGCGAUCGGUAAAACGUUUCAAAAGACAAUGGGAACACGAUUCGGAAUCGAUAUGGGUCUCGAAGAUCGCCUUCUUCUAGUGUCUCUAGGAACAAAACAACGACGUCUGGACGACAAGAAAGUAGUUCAACUGAGUCGAAUUCUAGAAGAACGAAUUGGAGAGGUAAUUUCGACAGAUGACAUACUCGGACAACUGCAGUUACACAUCACACGUGUUCGUGUUGAUCGAGGGUUUACUCAAGUUUCUGUUUACUGGAUGUGUAGAGGAGAAGGAGAUCAAGAAGUCGUGGAGAUUCUGGAAACAUCAAAACAUCAAAUCAAACGGCAAGUUAGUGAAUCGACUGGAAUCACGUGUCCGGAAUUGAAGUUCGUUGGAGAUAAGAGUCUGUUGAUGGGGCAAGAAAUGGAUAAACUGUUUCGAGAAGCAGAUUACGGAAUGGAUUACCGAUCAUUGAGUAAAAGUGCCAGCGUGCUUGGGAAUGUGAAAGAAGAACGAGAAGAAAAUGUUACCAGAACGAAGAAUACCCCAAGAUGGUUAACAGAUCUCAGGCAGAAAAGUAGCAGAGAAUAA